CUUCAGAAAGGCCUUCGUGUUUCUUCUUCUCGUGAGGACAAACGAGAUUGGCAAUGGCUGCUCGCUCCCUGAGUCGGCUCUUCGGAAACAAUUUCGGCGGGAUCCGCUCUGCCUUGGCCUCUCCUCCUGCAGCCAUGCCUUGCUCCACCGAAGACCCCGCCUCGUCCCCCAGCAAGAGGCUCAAGGCCUCGGGCCCCGAGGAGCCCUCCCAAAGGCUCCGCUUCGCCAAGCUCUCCGAAAACGCCCUCGCCCCCUCCAGGGGCUCCUCCAAGGCCGCCGGAUACGAUUUGUACAGUGCCUAUGACUAUGAGAUCCCUGCUUCAGGAAAGGCUAUAGUGAAAACAGACAUUCAGAUUGCUCUUCCUGCUGGAUGCUAUGGUCGAGUAGCUCCUCGAUCUGGACUAGCUGCGAAACAUUUCAUAGAUGUUGGUGCUGGGGUGAUUGAUGAAGAUUACAGAGGGAAUGUCGGCGUUGUGCUGUUUAACUUUGGAAAGGAAUCCUACGAUCGAGCUAACAGCAGCAAGCAGGUGCUUCUUGAAGCGUGUCUGCGGCGCCGAUCUAAUGACGUCCGUCGGUCCACCAGCGACACCUCCAAUCGCAACAAAAUGGUCGACAGGAAGACUCGCAUCUUUGUAGACACCCCACUUACACCCCGCUAG